CAGCGAAGGUGUGCGUCGCUUGUGUUGUCUCUUUUUAGUUUUUCUUCGUUGUGAUUUCCCUCAGUUUCUGUUUGAAAACGACGCCACGAAACUUUUGUCGUCUUCAUGAUCAGCUGAGAGACGAAGUAUGAGAUUUGAUGGGAUCAGUGGCAGAUCAGAGAGACUGCCGGAGCAGCACGUCAGGACGGCCAACCACCUACGCCUGAGUAACAAGUCAUACGCUCUGCAACGCCCCAUGGCAAAACUGGUCCUCUUGCAGCAGCUCGGUAUAUCAGUGCCUGAAAUCUACAGCAGCAAGAACCUAGAGCACACACUAGUCACCUCCUCAUCAUCCGCCCCGUGCACGCAACCCAAACUCGAACCCUCCCAGUGUAGUGCAGAGACCACCCUGGGUAGUGAGUGCAAAACCCACCUGACACCCGUGUCCCCCAUUGUAACAACACUCUUGUUGUCCCCGUGUGUUGCACCAGCAUGUCUGUGGACGAAGAGUCCAAGUCUCAGGUGCCUUCUGGUCAGCAGCUGCUAGGCCAGCGGUGUUCGGUGCAGUCUUCAUCUUCCUCAUCCUCCUCGUCGACGAGCGAUGGUCGCUGCCGCCGAGCCACGCCGCCCGACGGUGGCUGGGGCUGGGUGGUCGUGUUUGCAUCCUUCAUGAUCAACCUGAUCGCCGACGGCGUCUCUAUGUCCUUUGGCAUCCUCUUUGUCGACCUCAUUGACUACUUCGAGCAGAGCAAGGGCAAGACAGCAUGGGUCGGCUCUCUUUACCUGAGCAUGCCGCUUCUCACGGGCCCCAUUGCGUCGUCACUGACGGACCGAUACGGUUGCCGGCGUGUCUGCAUCGUGGGCUCGCUUCUGGCUGCCGGUGGCUUUGUGGCCUCCUACAUUGGCACAUCUCUCGAGUUUCUUUUCCUCACAUUCAGCGUGUCUGGCUUCGGCCUAGCCCUCUGCUACGUGACGUCCAUUGUGAGCGUUGCCUACUACUUCGAGAGGCGACGGUCUUUGGCCACGGGACUGGCCGUCUGCGGCACGGGCAUUGGGACGUUUGUAUUUGCUCCGCUGACCAUCCGCCUGCUGGAAACGUUUGCCUGGCAGGGAACGCUGCUCAUUCUGGCUGGCUUCUUUCUCAACAUGGUCAUUUCUGGUGCCCUGAUGCGAGACCUUGAUCUCUUUGGCGACGACGAGGAGGACGAAAACGUUGAGGACACCCAUGAGAAGAGGACCUUGCCAUCUGCCGGGGGGAGCGAGCAGAGGCUUUGCAGCUCGCUCAUUCAGCUUCCGACAUACAUCACAGACCAGCGUGGUGCGCCCCUGGACGUGCUCUCUGAAAACUACAACAAAGAGAAGGGCCACCUGAACACGCUUCUGGAACAGUACCCCAACAUCUGGAACACCAUCGACCCCAGUUCGACAAUCAAGAGCAUGCCGCCCAACUUUGUGCUUCCGGCAUCGAAAUCCAGCGCUGCCGCCGGCCCCGCGGCAGUGGGGGGCCGUGACGUGCCUAACGGCUGGGGCGAGCGCCGUCUGCAGCAGCGGGCCGACUCGGCGUGCCUGCGCAACAUGCGGCUUCAGCGGGGCAGCCUCACAUACCGCGGUGCGAUGCUCAACAUACGCCGCUACCGGCUGCGAGCUUCCAGCUGCCCCGACAUAUACCGCAACAGCAUGUUGACCAUCAGCGGAGAGGACAAGACGUGCCAGUGGCUGAGCGAUUUAAAAGAGGUGCUGCUCGACUCCAUGGACGUGAGGCUGUUCCUCAACGGCCGCUACACGCUGCUGUGCAUCUCUAACUUCCUGCUCAACGCAUGCGUUGACAACCCCUACAUGUACCUGCCCGACAGCGCCAUCCAGCUGGGUGUCGACAAGGACCGGGCGUCCUUCCUCAUCUCCUUCAUUGGCAUCCUUAACACCUUUGGCGUGGUGAUAGUGGGCUACCUGGGCGACAAGUCGUGGCUGGAGCCCACACUGCUUUACAGCCUGCUCACGGCCAUCAGUGGAGCGGCUAUUGCAGUGCUGCCCAUGGUGAGCAGCUACACAGCCCUGUCCCUGCUGAGCUCGGUGUACGGCUUUGCCAUCUCGGCCAACUACACGCUGGUGCCAAUCAUCCUGGUCAACCUCAUCUCGUUGGACAACUUCACGGGUGCUUAUGGCCUCCUCCUGCUCAUCCAGGGAGUGGCCGGUCUCAUGGGACCUCCCAUUGCCGGCUGGCUAUGUGACACGACCGGUGCAUACGACGCCACCUUCUACUUCAGUGGCCUGAGCAUUCUCGCAUCGGGCGUUCUAAUGCUGCCCGUGGCCAGCAGUUGGCGCUGCCAGAACCCAGCCUCCUACAACAACCGCGACGCCGACAGCACGUCCUCGUCUUCCGCCGCUGCCGCCACUACGUCCUCCUCCGCCGAGCCGCGUAAUCACGUCACUACGGUCCUCCUGCCGCAGAACAGCACCAACCCGGUCGCGACCAAGUUUACUGAAGAGGGAGCCCCGCACGAGACUGUGGCGCUAGUCAGCAACGGAAUCUGCGUGUGAGCUUUGCCCUCAGUCUUUCUUCCUCGAACACUUGGGAUCUGGAAGCACGGCACAUUUGAGCCGCAGUUGUUGGCUCAGACAGUCAAACUUUCUUUUGGAUUCAUCAACCUUACGCACUUCGUUUUCAAUCACAUUUUUUCUGGCCAACAAGUGCGAUGAUCAGACUGGCGCACCUUUAUGAGCAUUAUGUGGCAGCGUGUUUGUCACUGCAGGGUGCCAGGAAAGUACGUGGUUGCGUGCCGUGUCACGUUACAGCGACGCCUGAGAGUCCUCGCUCGGCCUAUUUUCUGUGGGAGCCGUAGGGGCCCAGUAUUUUGCAGCGAUCCAUUUUGAUUUUUUGUACUUUUUGCCCUAUUGUCAUUGGCCACAAAGCCACCGCACCUCUGUUAUCACCGGGAUCGGCCACUUGGCGCGAUGUUUGACGAACAGCGAGCAAAAUGGAUCGCUACGAAACACUCCUCCUGGCUGCCUAACCUCUUGAGAAUAAAAAACUGUUUGCCUUUCCGUUCAAACUUAUGCCGAAGCAACAAGUGAUUGGCCGGAAAUCUCUCAUUUACUAGACGUAAUCACUCGCUCAGUGGCCUUUUUUUUUCUGCAAGGAAGAAUUCCUUUUACAUCGUAAAAAAGGGGGGAUAUAAAAAGGGUGUCUUUUUGUCCCCAAUCAUCAAUUGUCACCUGGCCUGCUCGUGUGUUCCUUCCUUCAAAACUUGGUGCUUGCCACUUUCCAAUCAGGAACAGUGUGUCACGCCCAUAUCGUGGGUGUCAUUCGUCACCUGGAAGUAUUAGGGAUACAGCAGUAGUGCAAGGAAAGGCACACUAUAUAGAUGGCAAUUGUUGUUGUGGGAUGACAAAAAAAAAAAAACACCCCUUUUGGUCGCUUUUUAUUCGGGGUGUAACUGUGCUAGAUGGCCAGUAACAUCAAAUAAGUAAAGAUAGUAAGGUGUGAAAGCACCUUUCUUGCACAUUUAUGUGGUGUUUCGCUGUUUCGUUUAUCUUGCGCCAUUGGCUUGUAUUUUUCAAAACAGCUAAACUAUCUAAGAAUUACAUUGAAGUACACUCAAUUCUCGAUAUAGCGAACUUAGAUAUAACAAAAUAUGGGUUAUAGCAAAUGAAUGAAUACUCUUGCAAUAGCUAUAGUACUAGGAAUACACUUCUGUAAAUGAAUUUUUGGUUAUAACAAACUUUCUUCAGGUAAAAUGCUAUUUCGUUAUAGUGAGGUAUGAUUGGAAUGCAAAAAUUUUACCUACAUGAUCUGCACCUGUGUGCUCAUAUAACCAGAGUAUGCAGCAUAUAAUUGGUAAAACACUUUAGUAUUGCUUGAUUGCAAUACCAUCCGUUUUUUUACAAAGAAUAGUUAUACUGUGCCGUACUAAUUUUUAUUUUCAUGUAAAUAAUCACUGCAGUAAUGUGUUGCUUCUGUAGCCCAAUCAAUUCUGGCUCUUACACGGUUGAGUUGAACCUUGAUAUAGCAAUCACUGAUAUUUUUAAUCUUGAGGAGAAAGCUGAAAGUAGCUGUGUAUGGGCCUAAAAAAUCUUGUCAAGCCUCACACAGUUUCACAAAUGACUUAAUUGAUUGACA